AUGACGCGACGGCUGCGCUUUCGCGGGCGGCUGAGCGCGUCGGGCGGCACGGACGCCGUGCUGGAGCGUGUGCAGUCGCUGCGCAAAGAGCUGGCGGCUAUAGAGCAAGAUACGAUCGACACGAGCGAGCUCGACGCACACUGCGACGCGCUCAAGCAAAAAGACCUGCUCCAACACAAGAACAAGCGCGUGCGCGCGUCGGUCGCGUGCUGUCUCUCGGAUAUGCUGCGGCUCUACGCGCCGAAUGCGCCGUUUAGCGAGGGGGAGAUUGCGCAGAUCUUUGCGCAGUUCCUCGCGCAGCUCACUGAUCCGGAUACCGGCCUCGGCGCACGCGACGCGCCGGGGUACAGCGACACGGUCUACCUGCUUGAGAGCCUGUCGACGGUCAAGAGCGUGGCGCUGGUGUGCGACGUGCCGAACGCGUCGAAACUCGUCGCGGCGUACGUAUCGCAGCUCCUCGAGCUCGCGGGCGAAGAACUCGCGACGAACGUGGAGCUGUACCUCGCCGACGUCCUCGUGCAGCUCGUCGAGGAGGGCGCGACGCUCCCCAAGGCCGCGCUCGACGCGCUGAUGCACGCAUUUGACGAGGACGCGGCACCAAGCACGACGUCUGUCGCGGCCGCCGUGUGCCGCGCGACGCAGGACCGCCUGCAAAAGCACGUCGCGCAGUACUUUGCCGAGGGCAUGCGCACGCGCAAGGAAGCCCUCGAGGAUAUCCACGCGCGCAUCGUGCGCAUCGCGGGCAGCGUUCCGUCGCUGCUCACGAGCGUCGUGCCGCAGCUCGAGGCAGAGCUCGCGCAGGAAGACGCCGAGACACGCGCGCUUGCGACGCAGGUCCUCGCGUCGCUCUUUGCGCUCCCGUCCCCGGCCGCGUUUGCGCAGCAGUACCCGAGCGCGUGGAAGGCGUGGCAGAGCCGCGCGAUCGACCGCCAGGCGUCGGUGCGCCUCGACUGGGUGGCGGGCGCGCUGCGCAUUGCCGCGGCCCACGCCGCGCUCGGCCAGGCGCUCGCCGAGCCGCUGAGUGGGCGCGUCGGCGAUCCCGAGGAGCGCGUGCGCCUGGCGCUCGCGCACGGCGUCGGCGCGCUCGACUACGAGACGCUGCGGCAUGCGCUCCCGGUCAAGGUCCUACGGCAGCUCGCGCUCCGCGGCAAGGACCGCAAGGCGGCGGUGCGCUCCGCGGCGCUGCACGCCGUGGGGCGUGCGUACGAGCUCGCGUACCCCGAGCUGCGCCGCGACCCAGGCGCGACGGAGCACUUUGCGUGGAUCCCGGCGCAGGUCCUGCCGUGUGCGCUCGCGGGCACGCCGGACGUCGUGCACUCGGUCGCCGAGGCACUCGACACGCACAUCCUCCCGGUGCAGGCGCCGGACGCGUACGUCGCGCGCCUCGCGUACGUCUGGCGCGUCUUGGACGAAGAGGGGCGCGCCGCGCUGUACUACUAUACGAACCUGCGCCUGCAGCGGCCCGGCGCCCUCGACGCGUUCCUCACAGCAUGGGAAGAGGGCACAGUGUCGCCAGACGUGGCGCGCGCCGCCGCGGCCGUGCUGCGCCUCGACGCCGCGGCGCUCGAGAGCGUCGCGGCGUGGAAAGACGAAGGCGCGUUUGCCGACCUCCGCCUCGCGUUCGACGCGCAGACGCCGCUCGCAGACGCGUACGACGCGCGGCAGCGUGUCGCGCUGCUUGCGGCGGAUGAGGCGCCCGAGGCGGCCAUGGCCGUCGCGAUGCUCGCCCGCGCAGGCUCGUACCCGAUCCUCAACACGUCGUGCGUCCUUCCGCUGCUGGACGAGGACGCGCCGGGGCUGCGUGCGUACCUCGCCGAGGCGCCGCAGCUGCUCGUGCCGCAGGCCGCGGCGCUCGCCGAGCGUGCGGCCGCCGCGGCGGACGCGCCGGCGCUCGCGCUGCUUUCGGCGCUGGCGACCGCCGCGCCCGACGCGCUGGGGCCGGAUGCGCUGGGGGCCGCCGGCGCGAGCCGCGACGCGCUGCUUGCGGCGCUCGCUGCCGCGUGCGACAGCCACCCCAUCGCGCCGUACGCCGCGGCGGUCCUCGCGCGCCUCGAUGCGCCGCAGCUCUCGACGGCCGUCGCGACGUUCGAGACGCACGUCGCGCUUGGCAGCGAUGCCGAGCGUGCGUCGGCCUAUGCGGCGCUCGGCGCGGUGGCCGAGUGCGACGUGCACGCCGUGCGUGUCGAUACCCUGAUUGAGCAGAUUGUCGAGCUGCUCCUUGGCGCGUGGACCGCCGACGACGUCCUUGGCGCGUGGCCCGGCGACGAGCUCGUCUGGACGCCGGGCGACGCGCUGCAAGUGCGCGUCGCAGCCCUGCACUGCCUGGUCGGCGUGCUGCUGGGCGAGCCGAGCGUCGAGCGUGCGCGCCCAGUCCUCAAGCUCCUGUACGUCGUCGCGGCCUCCGGCGAGGCGCGUGCGGAAGUGCACACGCCGCCCCACGCCGCGGCACGCAUGCGCCUCGCGGCGGCGCGCAGCUUGGUGCGCCUGGGCGAGUGCGGCGCGUACCGCUCGCUGAUCGUGCCGCGCCUCAGCCGCCUGGCGCAUGUGCUGCAGGACGAAGAGUUUGAAGUGCGCUCGCGCCUGCUGCACACGCUGCUCGUGCGCCUCGCGCGCGGCGCGCUGCCGCCGACCUUUCACGCGCUGCUGUACAUUGUCGCGCUCGACCCCGAGGACGAGAUGCGCACGCGUGUCGCGACGUACCUCAAGCGGGCCGCGGCCGCGCUCUCGGAGCCUGCGCGGCACCAGCUCGACGUGUCGUUUGUGCGCCUCCUGCACCUCCUCGCGCACCACCCCGACUUUCGCGCAGAGGGCGAGGAGCUCGUGCACUUUGCGCAGUACCUCGACUUUUUCCUUGCGUGCCACGCGACCGAGGCGAAUAUCGGCACGCUGAUGCAGUGUGCGGCGCAGGUCAAGACUGCGCUCGACGCGACGGCCGCGCCGAGCGACGCGCUCGGCGUCCUCGGCGAGCUCGCGCAGCUCGUCGUCCAGCGCACCGCCGACGCACACGGCUGGAACGUGCCGCACGCCGCGCCGGAAAGCCUGCCGUCGGACCUCUAUGCGAGCGCCACCGACGAGGGCGCGGCACAGCGCCGCUUCCUCUCUGAACGCGUCGUGGAGCUGGUGCAGCGCCAGGGCACGAAACGCGCCAAGCGCCAGAAAAAGGACGACUAG